UAUACAGUUUGUAUUCCAAGCAUAGAUAUGCACACAUUCAAACGAGCCAAAAUAUUUAAAUAAUUCUCAAUGUCUUGUUUUCCAAAGCUAAGAAUAAGCAUGCCGUUUGGCCUGCCGUACCAGCUGAAUAUGCCAAAUUCAAUGAUUGGCAGGCUGCUGUUGAAUCGUUACCUCUUUGCCACCUGGCUGUGUUACCUGACCGAGUACCAACUGCUGGCGAUUUUCUUGCUUUACCAGCGUUUCGAUAUCGCCCAUCCAAUUGAAUGCCUGUCCGAAUUGUUUGACUGGAUUGUAUUUUCGUACUAUACCAUGGCUCGAAUGCAGCUGCUGGGCGUCCAUGUGGCCAUCUAUGGGCUGCUGCUAUGCCGCAUACACGAACGUCUGCCGGCUUGCCACAGUUCGCGGCAGGUGCGCAUGAGACAGGAGCUGCCAAUUAAGCUCUGUCUGCUGACCGUGCUGAUUAGCUUGGGCUACUGCAGCUGCUGGCUGUAUUUGAAAUAUAUGGAUGAGCUGAACGUCGAUGUGGAUGUGAGCUACACAGGCCAUUUUCUGCUGAUGAACGGCGCCUUCUGUGGCCUCGCCUACUUCCUGAGCGAGCAUUCCAAAUUCAACAGCGAGGUGUGGCCGCUGCCCAUAGUGCGCAUGAACCAUGCCACAACGGAAUGGCUGAGCUGGCAACACUUCGAGUUUCGCUCAACACUGCCACGAAUUAUGCUCUACACGAUCAUCUUUGCCGCCAUCUACUGGCCAAACAUGAACGGAGACAGGGAAGCCAGCUGGCAGCUAUUUCGCCUGUCCAACUGCCUGACCAUGCUGAUCACCCUCAAGCUGUAUGCCAUCAAACGUGUCUUCGGCAUGGUGAUGCAUUGCGAGCUGCCGCUAACUGUGCAGCAGAAGCAGGAUCAGCGACUGCCGCUGGUCAUGGCGCUCAGCCUCGACUGCCAGCUGUAUGGCUUUCAGAUGCAGGCAGCCAGAGACUUCUAUAUGCUCGUGUCCAGCUCGAGCGGCGAACAAUGCGAACUAUUUCAGCUGCAGGGCAAUUUACGCCGACUGCCCAAAAACUGGCAGGCGCUGCGUGAUGUGCUGCUGGGCAGAAUUACGCUGUUCACAUUACAACUCAAAAACUGCCUGGAAAUCCCGAAACCACAAUGUCAGCAAGCGGUUAAGUCUGCCUAUCCGGGCUUGCGUCCGCUGGCGGCCAAGCCAAAACCCUCAAGAUAUUGGAGUCGCCGCUGUGGCGACCGGCAGCCACCCUGCCAGCCGCUCUAUAAAUCCUUGCUGAUCAGUCCGAUGCGCCUGCUGUGCCACCUGCGCAACAAACUGCAGAGCUGCCAGCUAAAGGAAAAGCUUACUUGCUAUUGCCAAUGCCGACUGCCCUUUCAGGCUAGGCGGCCAAUUGAACCGAGGCAACUGGAGCACGAGCUGUGCCUUGGCCGACCACUUGUCUGGCUAAUACCCGGGCUCGUAGCCAUUUGUGUGCGCUCGCUAGAGGAGGAUAAGCACGGCUCAUUGCAUAUGGAUCUGGAGGCGAUCUUUCAGUCGCUUGUUGACCUGGAUAGGCAGAUCGGUUUAGUACGCGAGCUGCUGCUCAGGCAGCAACAGGAGCCAUGCCUGACCCUUGACAUGAUCUCGCAGUCAACGACGCGCGCUCUAAAUAGCAUGACCUUCAACUUUUACAGCUAUUUGGAUUAUCUUGUGAAGGAUCUGGAACUAUUAAGGGUAUUGCGGAAGCGUGCUUACACUUGAAAUUAUGUUUAAAUUGUUCUAUUAU